CAAUGCAAUGCCAGAGUGGCGCUGGCGGUGCGAGUGUCGCUGUUCUUCGGAAUCCCUGCCGCGUACUUCCUUUACUUAUUUGUUGUAGCGGCCGCUGCUGGCCGAAGCGAGAUCAGCCAGGAGAAUUCAGAAUCAUUUGAAAUUUAUUCAUCCCGUCACCUACUUGGCCUGGUGGAGAUCGGGAGGAACUGUACUCCUGCAGCGAUCCUGGAGUUCCCCUCCGAUGGCCUCACGCAUACUCAAAGACGUCAUGGAUACAUCCUUAUCCACUGCAUCUUGGCCAUUUAUUGCUUCAUGCUACUGGGCACGGUGUGUGAGCAGUAUUUUGUUCCUGCUAUCGAUAUCAUUUGUGAACGGGUAGACAUGUCAGCGGAUGUGACGGGUGCCACCUUCAUGGCAGCCGCUAGUUCCAGCCCGGAGCUGUUCAUCAACUGCGUCGGCACCUUCGUGACGGAGGGCGACCUGGGCGUGGGAGCCAUCGUCGGUUCCGCUGUCUUCAACGUGCUAGCUGUCCCCGCCUGCUGCGCGCUGUUUGCUGGCAGGGUGAUAGAGCUGGACUGGUGGUCGGUGUCGCGCGACUGCCUGAUGUACGCCGUGGCGGUGGUGGCGCUGAUCCUGACUCUCCUGGACGACACCAUCUAUUGGCACGAGGCGCUGCUGCUGGUACUCAUGUACAUCUUCUACAUCCUGGCAAUGGUAUUCAACGGUCGCCUAGGAUCGUUUGUGAAAAGUGGGUGCUGCGUUCCCAGCAAACCUAAAAUAUACACGGAGGUUACGCCGCUGCUUAUAAAAGAAAAGCAACACCCCCUGGAUGCCUCAGGUCGCAUGAGCCGCUCCAUCCGUCACGUUGAUUUGGAAAACGGCAUGGAAAUGAUGAAGCGGCACGACUCUACGGGAUCAGACACAAGCAGCAUCAGCUCACUAUGGUCGUGGCCGGACGAGAAGACAUCUGCCCUAAAGAAGCUACUGUGGGUGGUCACAUGGCCCCUGGGGCUGAUACUGUGGGCCACCAUCCCCGACUGCCGGCGGCACCCGCGCCUAUACCCGCUCACCUUCGUCAUGUGCAUCGCCUGGAUCGGCGGCGUCUCUUACCUGGUCGCCUGGAUUAUUACUAUACUUGGUGACACCCUUGAAGUCCCAGACAGCAUUACAGGACUGACCAUUCUGGCCGCAGGCACCAGCCUGCCCGAGGCCGUGUCCAGUGUGCUUGUCACUAUGCAAGGGCACGGCACCAUGGGCAUCAGCAAUUCCAUCGGAUCUAAUACUUUCGACAUAUUACUUUGCUUGGGACUCCCUUGGUUGGUGAAAUCUCUAUUCUACCCGUCAGUCCCAGGAAACCAUUGGGUGACGAUAAACUCCAGCGGGCUGUCUUACAGCGCGAUCUCGCUGCUGUCAACUCUGUUCGCGCUGUACGGCUGCCUGGCGCUGAACAAGUUCCAACUGGACUGGCGCAUCGGCGUCACCUGCGCCGCGGUGUACCUGGCCUUCCUCGUCUUCGCUGCGCUCAUAGAACUCAACGUGUUCUUCCUGGUCAACUUGCCUAUCUGUCCUCACUGAUUAGUUAUAAAGCUACGGCCUCCUAUUCGUGAUGUCAGAUUACAGUGUGAACGUCCAAUCAUAGAUAUACUAUGAUGAUAUUAAAUUUCUGACUUCACCAUACUACCAUUUAUAUGCCAAUGUUAACAUGGGCUAGUGUCGGCUCAUAUACCCAUUAUCUAACUAACACCCUGUAGAGAGAUGUUAACUAAUGCGCUGAGUUCGAAACUCAGUGUCGCAUAAGAAAUUCACACAGAAUCAAAAUUCAGAAUAAACAGCGUGUGCCAUUUUAGUCACGUUAAAAUACAAGUGUGCAAAUUGAUUGCUAACGAUAUUCGAGUUUCAGAUUUUCAACUAAACCUUCAAGGAUCUCGUAGUGCACAUCUACUCAUCUCACACGCUUUUAAUCUACUAAUGGUUUGUGUUAGCAAUCACAUACCUACUUUAGUACCAUAUUUAAGGUUAGGUUAGCCAGUCUAGGAGAUUUGGAGCUAGUGAACUCCAGACCUACGUCAUUUUAUAAAAGCUGAAAGUUUGUCAGUGUUUGCUUCCAAUAUUGGUAAGAAUGUUGGUGCAUCAUAGCGUUCACCAGCUCUUAGUCUAUUGCGCUACUAGAAGUCUGGCAAUAUCAUUUCGAGACAAGGGAGUGGGGCGAGUGGGGGGAGUGGUAUAUGACCGACACUUGACCCAUCCUGCUUGCGAUUAGCACAGUUAAUGCGUAAGUGCCGGGCUCAACGAUUGACGGAAUAUCGUCAUUAUCCGAUUAAAACUAGUGCGUUAAAGUUUCACUUUAGCUUGUAUGAAAAGACUGUGCUGGUUUGUACUUAAACAAAAAUAACUCAGGACAAGCCAUACUUGCUGUUAUGCCACUUAAAGUAAGAUGAUGAGAAUAUAAUAAGCUUACCGGUACUAACGGUUUUAAAAUGUAUGUAGGCCUAUUUUAAAAAUUUCGACCUUUAAUAUACUACCUAGGUACUUUAUAAUAGGGAUUUUAAUAGGGGUUAUAGUUAUUAAAAGCCAUGAUACUUACAAUAUAAUUUAUUCACAGUUUGUUUCAAAGGGAGUACAGUAAAACAUUAAAACUAUAAGGCAUAAAAGCAUUUCUGCCACAGAAAACCGAAACAGUUUAGCCCGUACAGAUGUCAGCAGGUCAACGUAAACUUUACAUCGUAUGUACCUAUUUGUAAUAGGUGUUAUUUUGCAAUAAAAUAUAUAGUCUGAUGUGCUUUCGACUGUACAAAUACUGUUGAACAAUAAAAAAUAACAAAUAAUCGUAAGGUUUAAAGGUUUUCUAUUCGUUUGGUGAGACUAAAUUAAUAAUACAUCGGAAAUACUAAAUGCCUUUUCAUUUCAUUAUUUACCCAACACCAUUGAUACAGUCACAUUAUUAACGUGGACAAAACCACGACACAGUUGUGCAGAGAAUAUUGUAAGAUCUUGAGAUUUUAGUAACUAGGUAAGUUUUAUUUAAACAUCGCACAAAAUCAGCACUGAAUUGUCGCCUAUUCUACAUAGGCACUUAUACAUUAGUCAUAUUUACUUAUUUACCUAGUUAUAAUUUUAAGUAUAUUAUUAUAGUAAGUACAUAAUCUUAGCACUGAUUUUGAAACAAUAAAAUAGACUAACAAUUAGGUAAUCAAUUUAUCGAUGUAUAAUUAAUUAGGAUUAAAAAUCGACUGUCCUUUAAUGUAUGUUUACAACCAACUUAUAAGAUGUACCUACUUACGCCUGUAUUCACAAACGAUGCUUGCUUAAGUGAAGCAGCAAAUCGAACGCACAGCGUUGAAUAGAGCUCUGUGAUUAGUAUCGUGCAUCCACGUGCACUGUAAUACCUCAUAGUAAUGUUUGUGAAUACGGGCGUUAGUUUACUUCCUGCUGCUGUAUUUAUUUAGGUA